AUGUCACAGAUCCACGAAUUGAUCCUGGAGCGGUUCGAGACCUGCUUUCCAGAAGACCUCUCAGGCAUAUCCGUCUUUUCUCCCCGUGAAGAGCCCGAUCCACUGCUGAAGUCCGAGAAGAGUGACCAGGAGAACUACAAGCUCUACUUGAUUGCUGGGGAGGACGGCAGGGAUACUGUUGCUGAGCUGACUUGUGCUUGGGCGAAAAAGGUCUAUGCUGGUGAGGUCGACAUGGACGAUGUUUCUAUGCAAUUGAUACAGAAGGAGCUUGAAGAAACUAUUAUGCCGAACCCAGAUCUUCUUAUUGUAUUUGGUGGUCAUAUUGACCUGUGCGGCUAUCCGCCCUGGCAAAGCCGGUCGGCGGAAUUGUCCUGUAUGAGGGACAAUGGCCGUUUCAGGUACAAGGUUUUUUUGAAUGCCUUGAAGGCAUACGCAGGGGCAGAAAUGCGUGACACAAAGUAA